AAAAAAAAAAACACUCAAAAAACAAAAACUGUAGGGUGCAUAUGAAAUGAAGCGUAUGCCAACCUGGUAUUGGAAAUGGUGAGAUGGUAUUUUUCCUCUUUUUGUUUUUCUUUUGGAACUCGAACGCACACCAUCCAUUGAUAUGUAUCAUCCAUCCAGCAGCUCCGUUGCUUAUCCCAAACACUCCGAAAGGCUUUUGAGUUCAUCCACAGCACAGUACGGCAGAGUGGAAUUUAUAUUGAUUCGUACGUAUGGUAUUGGAUGUUUGGAGUUCGAUGUGGAAGGGAUCAACAUCAAUUGUUCCAGGUGGCGUAUUGAGCGGGGUUUAUUUUUUUGUUGUUGGUCGCUUCUAGGAGUGGAAAAUCAUCACCGACAUAAUGGUUGGUUUCAUCACCUUGGGAUCACCAUCACGGAAAGCACAUUGGAAACCGGUGAAUGGUUUGAGGUCACGCAAGAUUGUUUGUGUGUUCUUUCAGGGACUGAGCAUACAUGAAAAGUGGUUGGAAUGGGGUUUGUGUUUCACUGUAAUUAAAGGAUUAUUGAGCUAUUUGAGGUAGACAAACCUCAACGAUGGUCACAGAACCCAUGUUCUUAGGCCACGUUCGUGGAGUGGUAAAAAGGUGAAGAUAUUCGUGCGGAGAAUAUUUCCUGCGCCGGUGUUGGUUGAAUGUUUGAACAACUGUCAACAUAAGGCGUGCAAAGACACGUCGUAUUCUUGAGGUAUCGAUUCACUGUUGGUAACUGUACUCUCAGUCGGAUUUUGAACUUCUCCCCCGGAAGCAUUACCAACUGAAGCGAAAGAUGAUGUCUAAUAGAUCGGGCCAGUGGUUUGUGAUAUUAUUAUCGGUAGCAGUGUUUGUAUUCGUACACAUUAGUGCACAAGAGAACGAUAAUGCAGCUGAAGGUGAAGUGAAAAAGGUCGAGAAAGGCGAGAAGACCGUGAAUAUCAAAUUCGACCCAUACAUGGAACUCUGUCGAGGAACGUUCGAACAACAUCCUGCCAUAACCAGUCAACUGUUCUGCUGGUACGAUGUCCGCAACGAUCACAGCGUGAUCUCGCCCAGUAAGGUGGAAGUCAUCAAUAACGACCCGUUCGUGGCACUGUUCCACGAUGCCAUAUACGAUGGUGAGAUCGCACAGCUACAGUUACUGGGUGAUACUCACAUUAAACAGUCCGGUCUAACCAAUGAUAGCUGGAUGCCGGUAUUUUACGAAAACCAUCAAACAUUCACCCUGCACGAUCGCGAUCAUCCGGUGGUAGAACGGUUGACCCAGCGCAUCGAAAGGAUUACCGGAUUGAGCUGCGAAACGGCAGAAGAUCUGAAAGUGAUCUACAACGAGGUCGGUGCGUUUAAGACGAGCGCAAUAGAUGUCAUCCAGACGAAGGAGCAAUUCCAUCGUUUCUCCUAUGCAGGUAAUCGGCUAGCAACGGUGUUGUUCUUCAUGAACGACGUUUCCAAGGGGGGUAGCAUAAUUUUCCCCAAGCUGCAGGUCGCUAUUCCACCCCGGAAAGGUACGGUAGCUUUCUGGUACAAUCUGAUGGAGACCGGUGUAGCAAAUCAAUUGAUGAAGUACAGCCUCUGUCCGCUGCUGGAGGACACAAAAUGGACCGCCAAGAAAAUUAUCCAUACGCGUGGUAAUGAGCUGCGUCAUCCAUGUCGCGCUUGAAUGAGCAUCUGCGCCGAAGAGGAAGUAUUUAGUGACCGUGCUGUUGUUUCUAACUGUCACAGCAAAAGCCAAGUGACCGUCUGGAAUCAGUUAGAUCGAAAUCGAUUGACCGAAUAAACUGAAUGUGAAUAAGAAAAAGAAGCGAAAAAAUGUGGAAGUACAAACACGUGUUUACAUCGAGUACUAAGGGUG